AUGGGUUUUAACCUAUCAACGGUGCUGAGCGUGUUGUUCCUCGCCUACAUGGGCAACAACAUUUACACCAUGUAUCAGCUCUUCAAUCCGGAGACUUGUCAACCUUCGGAUCCAGGUCAAAAAUGCCUCUCCGUGAGCAUUUUCCUCCCGAUUUCUCGAAAUAUAUGAGAUUUUCAAGCCUUACAUUGAAAAAGACGCCCAAAGUUUGUUCCCAUUGACGCAACUGCGUCUGUAUGUCUCGCCGAGGAGCGACAACCUUGGAAUUCUGGUGACGACUGUCGAGAACUUUCAGAUGGCCGAUUCUUUCAGCAGGGAGGUCGGUUGGCUAGUUCUGAAGCGAGACCUUCUUAGACUUUACUGAAAGAGAUCUAUUCUCAUUUACUUUUAAUGGGAAUAAAUUGAUAAUCUUCAAAUCUUGAAAAACUAUGAAGGGUUUUAAGAUAAAACUCGUUUUUUUUCCACUAGAAACAUCGAAAAAUUGAAAAGGUUACAGAACUUGACAAAUUUGAAUAAGAAUGAUUGAAAAAAACGAAAAAAAAUUUUUUUUCAGGUUGA